AUGUCAAAUCAGACUUACAGAUACUCGGAUGAUGAAGACGAGGAAGAGUCGAUAAGAGAUUCCAGAGUUUACUCUCCACAACGACAGCCCACUGUCUCUGCUGCUCAAAAUGCAUAUGGAGACGAAGAUGAGGAUGAGGAUGAGGAAGAUUAUACAGGAACUUCGAAAAAUUUUGAGAGUUAUUAUGCCGAAUACAAAGACCCUUUUUCGGUAUACUCAAGACCUAUCAGUAUGGUUCCUCCACCAAGCUCCCAUCAGAGCAGUCCAUUCUUGCAAGUUCCCCAGGAAGAUCCAUUUGGGAGCUCGCCCAGAAGCUCAGUUUCUCAGCAAGAAUUGCCACAGCUGAAAUACGAGGGCAGUCUCUCGGAUGACGAUUACUACAAUACGUAUAGGCGAAACGAGGGCCAUUCGUUUGAACGUGAUCCAGAGAAAGACCACGGUUAUGUUAUAGGUGAUUUUGUUCCUGAUUAUGACGAGUUUGACAAUGAAGAAGUGCAUGUUUCAGGUUUCCAAAAUGAACAAUUGCCUUUGAAUAAUGCAGUGAAACCAAUGGGGACUGUUUUAAUGGAAGAGCCUGGUAGCCAGAAUGAUCAGAAUGACCAGGGCCAGCCUCGAAACCUACCCCAGAAGGUCAAGCUGGUGGAUGGAAAUUUUAUGUUUGAUUGUCCGAUUCCUCCAACACUCAGAGAUGAGCUUCCUUUCGAAGAAACAAAGGGCUUGGCCGAGUUCACAACUAUGCGUUACCAGGCCAUAACCUGUCAGCCCAAGGAUUUUUCAUCUUGCGGUUUCAAGGUUAGACAGAACGGUUUUAUGCCCACUAGACAGACAGAGCUGUUGAUUGUCUGCACAAUGUACAACGAAUCUGAGAUUGAACUCGCCCGAACACUUAAGGGUGUUUUCAAGGGUAUAAGGUACAUGCACGAGAAAGAGGAAUGGGGGCCCGAGGCCUGGAAGAAGAUCGUUGUUUGUAUUGUGAGUGAUGGUCGCAAAGUGAUUGAUCCAAGAUCGCUUUCACUUCUUUCUGUUCUAGGCUGCUAUCAAGACGGUUUUGCUAAAAACAGAAUUAUGGGAAAGGAUGUGGAAGCCCAUAUGUACGAGUACACCACGACGUUUGGUAUCAACCCUCUGGAGACGGUGAACGUGACGAAGACCGUUGGUACGGGUAAGACUGAUAAAAAUGGACAGGAGAUCAUGAAAGAUGAGAAACAGAAGGUUCAGAAGGUGAAAAUCUCCAAGAGUAACACAGUGCCAAUCCAGAUGAUGUUCUGUCUCAAAGAGCAGAAUAAGAAGAAAGUGAAUUCGCAUAGAUGGUGUUUCGAGGCUUUGUGUCCUGUUCUUAAUCCAAACGUUGUGAUGCUGCUUGAUGUUGGAACUGAGCCCGAGAAGAAGGCUAUUUACCGUGUAUGGAAAGCGUUCAAAAAUCCCCAGGUGGGUGGAGCAUGUGGUGAGAUCAGAACCAUGCUUGGUCGCGAACAUGCAUACUCAUCCAAUAUGGGGAAGCUAAAUGCCCGGCUCAAAGACUGGGGAUCAGACGCCAAAGUUUGUCUUACCAAUCCACUUGUUGCUGCCCAGAAUUUUGAGUACAAAAUCUCCAAUAUCUUAGACAAACCCAUGGAGUCGGCCUUCGGAUUCGUUUCCGUUCUGCCUGGAGCAUUCUCAGCAUAUCGCUGGCAAGCAUUGCGGAACCAAUACCACGAUGAUCCCAAGACGGGACUGAAAGUUGCCAGUGGUCCUUUAGUAUCGUAUUUCGCUGCUGAAACAACCAACCCGAAAGAGGCCGGCAUCCUCAAGUCUAACAUGUAUCUGGCUGAGGACAGAAUUCUGUGUUUCGAGGUGGUGUCGAAACGGGAUUGUGCUUGGACAUUAAAGUAUGUGAAAAAUGCUGCUGCAUACACAGAUGUCCCAGAUUCCUUACCCGAGUUCAUUAACCAGAGAAGAAGAUGGUUGAACGGUUCAUUCUUUGCGGCUCUUUACUCGAUGAUGUAUUUCUUCCGAGUGUGGAGUUCUUCACACUCAAAAAGCCGCAAGAUUUUUUUGCACAUUGAGCUGCUGUACAUGGCUUUCAAUCAACUUCUCUCGUGGUUCCAGAUCAGCUUUUACUUCCUAGUUUUCCGUAUCCUGGCACUCAACUUUGCGACUGAGUUUACGGGUGGAGAGAUAGUGACCUACGUCCUCUCGAUAGUUUAUGGAAUGCUCGUCUGUGCCACUUUCAUUCUUGCAUUUGGGAACAAACCACAGAACUCGAAAAAUUUCUACAAGUUUGUGGUAUCGUUCUUUGCGAUAGUCAUGGUUUACAUGCUGGUGGCCACGAUCUACAUCACAGCAAAGACCAUCAUCAACUUUGAGCAUGAGCAUUUGAGCGCAUCAGAGAUCUUCAAGAACAAGGUGUUUAUCAACCUGGUGAUAUCACUUGGGUCCACAUAUGUGCUCUACUUCGUGAUGUCUUUGCUAUUUCUGGACUGCUACCACAUGUUUACGUGCAUGGCACCCUAUCUGCUGCUAUCACCAUCCUAUAUUAACGUCCUCAGUAUCUUUGCGUUCUGCAACAUGCAUGACUUCUCGUGGGGAACCAAGGGUGAUACCGGUGACAAAAAUGAUCUUGGUGUUGCCAAGCAGGUUGGCGAAGAAGAAAUAGCAGUUCGUAUUCCCACUCGGCCAGACGAGGUGGACCAUUUUUAUCUUGCUGGAAGAGAGCUGUUACAAGAGACGAGGAUGGCUUCAACCAAGAAGAGAAGUGAAAAAGAGAUCACUGAUGCCAAGUUUGCCAACAUCAGAUCUGGUGUCGUGCUUGUGUGGAUGCUAUGUAACUUUGCUCUCAUCUCUGUGGUGCUCGGUACUGGUGGACUACGUGAGGUUACCAACACUGAGACUGAUGACCUGACCAACGCGAAUAUAUUCUUAGGGGUUGUUCUAUGGACGGUGGCAUUUAUGGCUCUUUUCAGGGCAAUUGGAGCUGUUGUGUAUCUUUGUACGAGGGGGAAGUGA